AUGGAGAGCAUAUCAGAGGAGGACCCGACCAGUUUGGUCAAUCGUAGACGGAUCAAAAAUCGCUUACACCAACGUGCGAGUCGUGCACGUCGGAAAUCUCUGUCUCGCGGGUCUUCGACGCCUGCAUUUGCCCAAAACACCAAAUGGGUUAUCUACUCCAAUCAACCCUUCCGUAAUGGAGCGGGGGGUGUCGUGCACGGCCGGACGGCACGUGAAAUUGAUGACGAUACUACGCAAACCGCUGCGGCAAGCAAUGGUCUUCCAGGUUCUGAUGGCCGCCUCGAUAUCUGUCUGGCAAAUUCCUCGGGAUAUUAUGAGCGGCUAGCUCGGCUACAUGAGAUACUCAGUCACAAUGCUACCCACCGGAUGCUUCGCUGCGACCUCCUACUUUCAGUAACUCAGUGCAACAUUGUCCUAGCUAUGUUCUCGAACUCUGUGCUCAUUGGACUUUCCCCAGCGUUACUGGACUUGGAUAUCUAUUCCCCAUUUAAUUCUGCUGGCCCAUUUGGAGAGGAUUACCCUCCCAGUCUUUACCCGACAACCUUGCAGAGACAACAGUUACAUCACCCAUGGGUUGACCUGUUGCCAAUCCCCGAGCUGAGAAACGCCAUUUUGCAGCAUGUCAAUCUGGACGACCUUGACUCCCUGUGUGGUGAUCUUUUUGGACAAUGCGAUCAGAGAAUGGAAAGAACAGGUCUACUUGUUUGGGGCGAGUCCUGGGAUCCGUCUGCGUACGAAAUGUCGCAGCCGCUUCUGCGCAAAUGGGCAUGCAUCUUUGCUGAGUGUCCAAAAUUAAUCGAAUCAACCAACGAAUGGAGAACUCUCCGUGGAGAAGAGGUCGUCCAAUUUCAUUAA